AUGAAAGAUAUAAAGGAUUUUUUGUAUUCUUGGUGCGGCAAAAAGAAGAUUGUUCCCGCUUACGAAAUUAGGACCACUGGGAAUAGGCAGCGCCAGAGGUUUCUUUGCGAGUGUCGUCUGCCUGGGUACAGUUAUGUGGCAGUCGGUAAUUCGACGAGUAAAAAGGAUGCUCAGACGAAUUCCGCUCGAGACAUGCUUCAAUACCUGAUCAGGACUGGCGAGAUAGAUCCAUCUCAGGCCCCAGAUUUAAAUGAAACAUCAGAGCCAAUGGGCAGGAGCCAAAUAAGAGAUUUGAAUAGGCCCCAAGAAGCUACUACAAGAGGUUGUACUACUACUACUACUACUACUACUACUACUACUACUUAUAACAUUACUACUAUCACUACUGCUGCUACUACUAUCACUACUACUGCUGCUACUACUACUACAACUGCUGCAACUGCUUCUACUACUAGAACUACUGCUACUGCUACUACUACUACAACUGCUGCUACUGCUACUGCAGAGGAGGCCGACUUCACGGCAGACCUGCACGGAAGUUGGACUAUGGAAAACUCAAAGUCACGUCUCCACCAGUACCUGCAGACCAAUAAAAUAAAGACCGAUUAUAAAUACAGCUUCGUUGGUCCGGAUCAUAGCAGAAGUUUCAUUGCGGAGAUGUCUUUUUAUCUUCCAUCCUUGAGGCGAAACAUAUCGGCCAGAGAGCACGGAUCGAACAAGCAGGUAGCUUCGAAAUCUUGUGCACUGUCAUUAGUGAGGCAGUUGUUCCAUUUAAAGUUGAUUGAAGCCUUCACUGGCCUGAAGAAAUCUAAGGAGAUCGAACUACCCCCGUUUACUACCAAAUUGAAUUCGGAUCUUGAGGAUGAGCUGAAUGCUUUGUUGGAUGAGAUGCAAAUAUCCAUUAACCUGGUCGGUUGGUUGCUUGGCUUGGCUGGUUGGUUUGUUAAUAGUAAUGAUGUCCAGGCUGCCUGCAUAGUUUCAUGGUCACCCCCCGUUCCCAAUUGGAACCCCUGGGUGUCCUGCAAUAUUGAUGAGGGCCCUUUAGCUACGGCAACAAUGGAAGACAUAAGUGGCGACCUACUAAACACCUACACAGACAAAUUGAAUAACGAUGGAGCUUUCAUCAAGUCGCUAAACGAUCGGAAGCGUCUGCCAAUCUUCAACAUGCGCCAGCAGCUUAUCCAAACCAUCCGUCGACAUUCAGUCGUUCUUGUCCGUGGCGAAACCGGAAGUGGAAAGACCACCCAGGUUCCUCAGUUCCUCUUGGACGAUAUGAUCGAGAGAGGGGAGGGGUCAAUGUGUAACAUCGUUGUCACUCAACCCCGCCGUAUUAGCGCCAUCUCCAUCUCGGAACGCGUGGCCGCCGAAAGAUGCGAGCCCCUGGGGCAGACUUGUGGCUACAGUGUCAGGUUCGAAUCCUGUCUGCCCAGGCCAUACGGAAGCAUUCUCUACUGCACCGUAGGUUGUUUGUUGCGGAAGUUGGAGUCUGGCCUGAGAGGUGUUUCGCAUGUGGUCGUCGAUGAGAUUCACGAGAGAGAUAUCAACACGGAUUUCCUGUUAAUUUUGCUACGAGACAUGGUCCAGACAUUUCCAGACAUGCGUGUCGUCUUGAUGUCUGCGACCAUAGACACGACAACAUUUCAAGAAUAUUUCUCGGACAGCUGUCAAUUAGUUGAAGUGUCUGGGCGGACUUAUGACGUAGAAGAAUACUUCCUUGAAGACGUGGUCGAAAUGCUAAGGUUCACACCGACACCGAACUUGAAGAAACGCCGAAACAACAACAACAACAAAGACGAUAUUAAUGACGACGACGACGAAAAUUGUAACAUGUAUGUAUCUGGUAGUUAUUCGGAGCACACCAAACGAGCCAUGUCCAUGAUGAGUGAGAAGGAGCAUGACUUUGAGUUGGUCGAGGCACUGAUCAAGCACAUUUCCACGAAGAACAUUCCAGGGGCCAUUCUGAUCUUCCUGUCCGGCUGGAACAUCAUCUUUACACUACACAAAUAUCUCAGUCAACAUCCAAUCAUUGGUCGCAGCAGGUACCGCAUCCUUCCGCUGCAUUCGCAAAUCCCGCGCGAGGAACAGCACAAGGUGUUCGAGCCAGUGCCACAAGGGGUCACGAAGAUAAUCCUGUCGACAAACAUUGCUGAAUCCAGCGUCACAAUUGAUGACGUUGUCUACGUGAUUGAUUUCUGCAAAUCAAAGAUAAAGAUGUUUACCUCUCACAACAACAUGACCAACUAUGCCGUUGUCUGGUGCUCAAGGACCAACCUCGAGCAGCGUAAGGGACGGGCUGGCCGUGUCAGACCCGGCUUCUCUUACCACCUCUGUAGUAGGGAGAGAUUUAAGAGAUUAGACCAGUAUACAUGCCCUGAGAUCUUAAGAAGUCCACUGCAUGAGUUAUGCCUGUCAAUCAAACUCCUAAGACUCGGUCCUAUUGGCUGGUUUCUAUCCAAGGCCAUACAAGCCCCGCCCAUCGAUGCCGUCAUCGAGGCAGAGGCCCUAUUAAGGGAGAUGAAGGCUCUUGACAGGAACGACGACCUAACGGCUCUGGGGAGGAUUCUGGCCCGGAUGCCCAUAGAACCAAGGCUCGGAAAGAUGAUCAUCUAUGCGUGUGUCUUCCGCAUAGCAGAUGCGGCCUGUAUAAUAGCCUCGAGUAGCACCUUCACAGAACCUUUUGUGGUGCCAAUGGAUAGGAGGAGGUUGGAUUGGAUCCAUAAGAAUAUGGCCGGAGAUAGAUUCAGUGAUCAUUGCGCGCUGCUAAAUGCCUUUCAAAUGUGGAAUGAUGCCAAAAAUUAUGGGGAGAUGAGUGAGGUGAACUUUUGCGACGCCAAAUCAUUAUCACUUUCUACUCUGAGAAUGACCAACGAAGCCAAGAAUCAGUUAUGUGGAAUAUUGAUAAAUGCUGGCUUUCCGGAGGAUUGCUUCACGCCUGUCAAGUUUAAAUUCAGAGGAGGCGAUCAUAAUCUUGAUUUGCUAAAUACCUUAUUGGGUAUUGGAUUCUAUCCAAACAUUUGCAUGCACAAAGACAAACGGAAGGUUCUCACGAUGGGUAACAAGCCAGCCCUGAUACACAAGUCCUCUGUCAACUGCUCAAAUCGACCGAUACAAUAUCCAAUACCGUUUUUCGUAUUCAGUGAAAAGAUAAGAACGCGUGCAGUGUCGUGCAAGCAGAUGUCCAUGUACACGCCUGUGCAGAUGCUGCUGUUUGGCGCCAGAUCAGUCAAAUUCGACGGCAACCAUAUCGUCCUUGACUCCUGGAUCAACCUGGCAAUGGACCCAGUGGUAGCGGCCAAAGUUGCGGCCUUGCGACCACUUCUCGAAGACCUCGUGGUCCGAGCCACGUCUGACCCUGAAAGUUUAGAGGCAGGUCAAGGUCGUGGUCAUGAAGAUUUGGACGGCAAACUCAUGCGAUUGGUCGGCCAGCUGUCCAAUAUUAAUUGCGCUACGUUUGGAUUCGUUGGGCCUGAGGGAGAGUGA